GUUGGGCGGAGCUUUCGCCCUGGAGGGACGGAAAAGUGUAGUCGGUGGGCGGGCGGAACUUGCUCUGAGUUCUGAAAAGGCGGGACGCAGCGUUUGUUGCGCAGUUGCUUUGUAGUGGUGCUGGAACUGUUGUAAUGGCUAGGGCACCUGUGGCUGGUCUGGCGGGGCUACUGGCGCGGCCGCUAGGGGCCUCGGAACCCAUCGAUUUGGGUUCCUUUCUUGGGCGCGUGCUGCUUGUUUCCAACGUGGCUUCACUCUGAGGCACCACGACCCGGGACUUCGCCCAGUUCCAUGAACUGCAGCGGCGUUUCGGACCUCGGGGACUCACGGUGCUUGCUUUCCCGUGCAACCAAUUCGGCCACCAGGAGAAUGCCACCAAUGAGGAGAUCCUGAAUUCACUAAAGUAUGUCCGCCCAGGGAAAGGGUAUGAGCCCAACUUCACUGUGUUUGAGAAGUGUGAGGUGAAUGGGGCAAGUGCUCACCCGCUUUUUGCAUUCCUGAAGGAAGCACUGCCUUUCCCUCAUGAUGACCCAGUGUCUCUGAUGACCAACCCGCAGUGCAUCAUCUGGUCACCUGUAUGCCGCAAUGACAUCUCCUGGAAUUUUGAGAAGUUCCUCAUCGGUCGUGAUGGAGUGCCUUUCAAACGUUACAGCAGGCGGUUUGAAACUAUCAAGAUCCAGGAUGAUAUUGAAAAACUGCUUUAGCAAGUCCCCUAGAAUUGACCAAUUUCAAUCUUUCUGAAACUUCUUCUCUUCUGUUUUCAGCUAGGCUUUAUUCAGAUGUUACCCUAGGUUACCUGAGAUGCCCUUGUUGCAUAGGUACUCUUGUUUAAUCUGGGACUACCUUAUUAUUGGUGCAGAGGAAAGUAACUCAUGCAUUCUAGCAACAAACUUACCCUGGAAUGCAUGCACUUCUUUGGAUGCUGUGGUGUAAACUACAUAUAACUUUCCUCCUGUGAAAGAGCUACAGGGUAACUUCAAUUUUAUGUUGCUUCACAUAUGCAAUUUUAAUAGGGACAUGCCUACUCAAAACAUAAUACUCAAAACACAUAUACAUCACUUUUAACUUAAGGUAUAACAUAGAAGCAGGUACCAAAGAACUGGGGCCGGUUGUGGUUCCUUGCUACAUGUUUAUAAGAUCUAUAUACUAAAAUCAUUCCAGCCUGGAUAUACAGUGCAGGUCCAGAACAAAAAAAUUGGUUAAAAUCAUAAUGUGUGAAGUGUCAGUCUGCCAGUCUGUGUCUCCUGUUUGCCUUGCCUUGCCUUGCCUUUUUCUCUGACUCAGUAACUGUUUACUUUAGGCAGUAAGUUGCUAUUCUCCGUCAAAAUUUUAUUUAUGAUGGUGCUUCUUCUAAAUACUUGAAGAGCACUUGAUGCACCUGUAAAAUUUUGUAUGUGAUGUUGUAGUAAGCUACACCUGGGAAAACAGUUUGAAAUAUGGGCAGUUGGACCACCAAUAAAAUGUCUGAACGACAAA